AUGGCUGUUGUCAGGGCAUGGAUUUAUUUGCUCUUUACUCUAAUAUGCUUUGGCAGAGUAUGGUAUCUAUUUCGUUUAUCUACAGCAUCUUUACGAGCUCCUCGUAUACCGACCACCCACACAAUUCCAGCUGAUGUGGAUCGCUCUAUACCUAUAAGUAUGGGAGCUGAACCAAAAGGAAUAUUUUACUUUGUCCAGAUUUCAGAUCUUCAUAUAUCAAAGUUUAGACCAAAGGGCCACACUCAUUAUUUUUUGCAUUUCAUUCGAUCAAUUUUGCCAGUAUUAAAACCUUCUUUUGUGGUAGUAACCGGCGACCUAACAGAUGCAAAAGAUAUGCGCAGAGUUACAUCUCAGCAAUAUGUUGAAGAGUGGUCACUCUACAACUACGCAAUUGAUCAAGGUGUUCAGGGCACCCGAUGGUAUGAUAUGCGUGGAAACCACGAUUGCUUUGAUUUACCUUCCUGGAAAUCCCGUGCGAAUCUAUAUCGCACUCAUGGCCAGAGCGCAUCUUUGAUAGCAGAAGGUGGCGGUAUUUAUGCAUGGGAAGAACGCUUGGAGUAUGGUCGAUACAAGUUUAUUGCAAUCGAUGCUUGUCCAAAAAAAGGACCAUCUCGUCCACUCAAUUUCUUUGGUUAUCUAACAUCCAAAGCCAUGGAUCAAUUGGCAAGCCAUGUCCUGAGCGAUAGUUACAAUCACACAUUCAUGUUUUCCCAUUAUCCUACAACAACUAUGGUAUUUGGUGUAUCAAGUCAGGGGUACACCUAUAGAGAUCUCGCUCGACACACAAGUGCAUAUUUUUGCGGCCAUCUUCAUCGUCUUAUCGGAGGGUUGGGCGACAUUCUUCAAGCAUAUCACCCAAGUACACAAUCCUUGGAACUGGAACUUGGUGAUCUCAAAGAACACGGGCUGUAUCGGAUUGUGGCUAUCGACCAUGAUCUGAUAUCAUUUGUAGAUACGCCUUUACCAUCUGCAAUUAUGAAAAGUCGUCCCGAGAGAUUGAUUCCUCUGGACAAUACAACAGUUCUUUGGCCUCAUGCUGUAGACAUUGCACCAGUCGUGUUGAUUACAAAUCCAAAAGAAGCUCGAUUUUCUAUCCCAGCCAAGGAACCACUUGAACAGAUCCAGAAAAGCACUCACCUAAGAUUUCUAGUAUUCUCGUCUUUGGAUCCCUCUCAACUUCAAGUAUCGAUCUGGAUUGAUAAUAUUGAGCAUAUACACCCGGCUGAAUUUGUUGGGAACCAGGAAAUGCCACUAUGGGUAGCCAAAUGGGACCCAUCUAGCUUGGAACUAAAAGAGUUACACACUAUCCGAGUACAAGUCGACACGCCUACAAUGAUAGGAUCGUCUAGUAUUGAAUUUCGCUUGGAUAACCAGCGUACAAAAGUGAAUGGUGGAACAGGAGAAUGGAUAAUUUCUACCCAUAUGACUAGUACUCUUCAAUGCAUUACGGCGUUUUCUUUCUUGUUUAUGCUGAUAUUAUUGCUGGUCCCAGUUCUUCACACACAAGCCAAUAUUCCUACACGCUCGCCCAUCGAAAUAUGGUCCAAAAAACUCGCCGCUUUGGACCGUCAAGAUCCGCCAAGGAUUUAUGGAUCCGUCCAAACCAAUGUUCUGUCGAGUGCUCUACAAUUUUAUCAGUUUCCACAAGAGCAACCAAUAGUUUGGCAUGGGUUUCUUGUUGGUUGCUUGGUGCUUUUGACCUGCCCGUGGUUCCGUGCGGAAUUCUUACCUUCUGCUGAAGGAAACGAGAGAUAUGGAAAUUUUUAUCUGUGGGGAAUUAUGUUUGGCUCGGUUUGGGAGCCUAUUGCAGACACAUGGUUAUUUGGAGCUCUUACGGUUGUACUAGAUGUGCUUGUAUUCUUUGUGGUUUUUGUAUAUCGCUUACACUUGAAAGGGAGUGCGAGGUUUAAGAGCGGGAUGGUAGUGUACUGGCUCUGGCGUGUGUCUGAAUUGUUAUCGCUUGCUAUGUUUUAUGGUGGAUGGUGGCCAAGUUUGGUCCUCAAUUUUCUUGUAGCCUGGUUGUGUUGGAUCGGAGUAGUUCUAGUUGGAGGUAUAGGAGGUAUAUGGACCCAAAUUCAUGUCCAGCAGCAAAAUAUUGUACCUGACAAGGAAGCACAAUGGACUCAAGAAGAUGAAAAUGGAUCAAGUAGUUCGAGUAGUUCGAUUGAACCGAUAGUGUGUGGAGUUCAUGUGAAAAAUAGGAGAAAAGUCUGA